UUGAAAAUGGAAUGAGAGAGGAUGGUAUAGGAAGAGGGCAUUGGAAGUAGGUUUAGGAGGAUGGAGUGGAGCAGAUAGGUUUGAUAGAAUUGGAGGUGGGAGAAGGUUAUACAAUAAGAGUUUCACAGGAUUUCCUAGUUCAAAUGCAUCAACCCCUAAAAUACACAUCAACCCCGUCCUCCACAUUACCUCUUUUCCGCACCCCUAUUCUCCCCAAAUCCUGCUUCCCAAGCCUCUAAAUCUACUUAAUCCUACUCAAAAGUUCAAAAAAGACUAUCCUGUUCUUCUUAACAACACUUCUCCUUACAUUCACUCAAGUGAAACCAGCAGUAGGAUCACUAAGCAGACCAAGGAGACCCAUAGCCUAGCCUGUACUCUCAAAAUGAAGAAUUUUUUAUGAAGAUUUAGCUGUUUUCUUUAGAAGCGGCGGCUGUGUAUCAAAAUUUUCAGAGAAAUUUUAAUGAACUCAAUAGAAGAAUUAGGAUAUUUGUUAAAGUUAUCUGCGAUUGUAAUUAAACUCCCAAAACAACAGGUCUUAGAUAACAAAUGAGUGUUGUGCUCUAGGUCGGUUUAUUUACAUUUCUUACUAAACUGUUGCUGUCAAAGCUAAUGAGUCAUCUUGUAUGGGGCAAUCCUAUUCCUCAGUAGAUUACUUUUUACAGGAAGAUUGGGUUAAACUAUUGAUACCACUUAUCUGUACAUCCUCUUAUUUUCCAAAAACGUUUUAUAAAAGUCAACAGGAUUAUGUUCUUUAAAAUUCACAGAUGGGCACAUGGACUAUUUAAAUGAUACAAACAAUUUUGUAGCAGACCACUAAUUAGGAAUAUUACGAGUUGUCCAAGUUAUGAACAUAAUGCAAACAUUUAUCAAAACGAUGAUUCAUGGAUCUGUUCUGGCUAAUUUGUCUAAAUUUAUAACUUCUGGGCUACAAAAUUGAAGGCUUUAGUAUAAUCUCAUUGACUCUUUACAGCUAGCUUUCGCUCUUUAAAAUUAAGGUAUGCUAAAUAGGUUAGGUAAAAUAAUCAGAGGAAGCUUGUAGUAUCACUUUGUGAGGUUCUUAAACAAUCGGUAACGCUUCCAACAAUUGGAUAUCUUUUCUAAAUUAUGAGAAAAUUUACUGUAAGAAUUCAUAAUCUUUGCAAUACCGUAUUAUUUUCAGGAAAAUGAUAAAUUUUUAAAUAAAGUGUCGAAAAUAAUUUUAUUACCAUAGUUUAUAGAGUUUAAUAAAGGAAUAAGAAUCUGUUGACUCAAAUGUUCUUCUUCAAAAUUUCCGGUGACUAAGUUUUACAAAACUCUGAAGUGGAUAGAUAUCUACAUUUACUGGUUCUAAAGAGUGGAUAUAACGUCUUUAGACUAAUAAAGACCUAAAAUCUAGCUGGAAAGUUUGCUUACGGCAUAUCUUUAAUCUCAGUAUAAACAACAGCAAAGUUAAUAAAGGAAAUAAAUUUUGCAAAUUUAUAAAAAUUAAUUAGAAAAUUACUGAUUAAAAUGAAGCAUGUCUCAAUAGAUGACGACUGUGAUAUUCCAAUGGAAUGAGAAGAACCUCAAACCGUAGCCAAGAAUUCAGUGAAGAGUCCUAAGACUAAGUCAAGCAAGCUCUGACUAGACAAAGGAUUUGUUAAGAAGGCCGACGAUUCCUUCUUUAACCUUACCCAUUUUGAACAUUCCUCUACUCAGAGAGUACUUUGAGAUAAUUUAAAACUCAUGAAAAAGAAAGACGAGCAUUAUCAAAACCCUGGAUGGGAAAGAGACUGUAGAAGUCCUAAUCCUGGUUAUCUAGGUGGAGCAGACUGCUUUCUUAAGGUAUCCGAAUUGGAGAGGAGCAAACAAACUGGACUGAAAGAUACGACACAGAGCAAAAGAAUUCAGAGCUCUUACUCUAACGAUUUUAAACUAGCACCUCUGCUCAUAAAAGUUGCAAAAGAUCCUCAAGAAGCUGAACUUUGUUCCUUCUCAAGAGGUGCUAAAUCACCUAUUCAUGGAGAAGAUCCACUGAGGAUAUCUUUUGAUGAAAAUGAUGAAGACUCAGUCUCAAAUGGAGAGGACUCUCAGGAGAUCUUUGUAACCAUGGGAGACGUUUCUCCGGGCAAUAAUUAAUA